UGGAGAUACAUUGAGGUUUGGAGGAAUCGAACUGAGCAGGCAUGGGGGGGACCAUAAAUUAUUAUGAGGAUCGUUGCGCAAGCGCAAUAUACGCUAUCGGCCUACACGUCACGUAACCAACAGGCUCAAAUAAACAUGACGACGCUGUCAACACGGAUCUCUGUACUCGAAUAGAGAUAGAUGAUCAAAUAUAGAAAAUCGAUUGGCUACAACGGAGGCAUUGGGCGAAACUGUAAGUGUUGCUGUCAGGUGCAGGCUGGGGAUUUUUUUCCGUUGUGUACUACCUUUGGGGGCUUCAGUGCAGAUUUAUAAACUUGCCGGGAGACGUAGGAAACCAACAUUGCAAUGCCGCUGCUUUUCUUAGAGAGGUUUCCGUGGCCAAGCCUCCAGACUUACACGGCGUUGAGUCUGGCUCUGCUGGCUGGCAGCAUCUUCAGCGCCUACAACACAGUCACUGAUCAAGGUUUUGGGGGCUUGGAGACAGACGAACCCCAUAGCCCCGCCGCGUCUGAGUUGGAGAGUGAAGACACCGACAAUGAUAUAGAAGGCUCCAAACUGGCAAGCACUGUGCUGUGGUAUCUAGUUAUGGACAGCUUCUUUGUAUGGGUGUUGGUGAACACAUUUUGCUGCUCACUGAUGCUAAUUGCAAAGAUGAUCCAAUGUGUGGUGUUUGGGCCCUUGAGGGUCAGCGAGAAGCAGCACCUGAAGGAUAAGUUCUGGAACUUCGUCUUCUACAAGUUCAUCUUCAUCUUCGGAGUGCUCAAUGUGCAGACGGUUGAGGAGGUGGUCAUGUGGUGCCUCUGGUUCUCUGCCCUGGUCUUCCUCCAUCUCAUGGUCCAGCUCUGCAAAGACCGCUUUGAAUACCUGUCCUUCUCCCCUACCACGCCUAUGAACAGCCACGUGCAGGUGCUGUCCCUGCUGGUGUCCCUGCUGCUCGGCUGCUGUGGCUUGGCCGUGGUCUGUGGCCUUCUGGGGGCCACACACGGCAUGCACACUCUCUCCUUCAUGGCUGCAGAGUGUCUUCUGGUGACCGUGCGCACCGGUCAUGUCAUCAUGAGAUACUCCAUCCACCUGUGGGACCUCAACCACCCUGGGACCUGGGAGAGCAAGGGGACGUACGUGUACUACACAGACUUCAUCAUGGAACUGGCCAUGCUCUUCCUGGACCUAAUGCAUCACAUCCACAUGCUGCUGUUUGGGAACAUCUGGCUCUCCAUGGCCAGUCUGGUCAUCUUCAUGCAGCUGCGCUACCUCUUCCACGAGGUGCAGCGCCGCAUCCGCCGCCACAAGAACUACCUGCGCGUCAUCGACAACAUGGAGGCCAGGUUUGCAGUGGCUACUGAGGAGGAGCUGGCGGUCAACAACGACGACUGCGCCAUCUGCUGGGACGCCAUGGUGACGGCACGCAAGCUGCCCUGCGGACAUCUGUUUCACAACUCCUGCCUGCGCUCCUGGCUGGAGCAGGACACCUCGUGCCCCACCUGCCGCAUGUCUCUGAACAUCUACGGAGACGGGCCCCCGGCAGGCACCCCGCAGCAGCCCCCAGCGGCCGCCCUGGGGGCCAACACGGGCCCGGGGGCCCCGCCGCCCGAGGCCAGACCGCACGUCAACCAGCACAACCACUUCUUCCACUUUGACGGCUCCCGCAUCGCCAGCUGGCUGCCCAGCUUCUCUGUUGAAGUGAUGCACACCACCAACAUCUUGGGCAUCGCCCAGGCCAACAACUCCCAGCUCAACGCCAUGGCCCACCAGAUCCAGGAGAUGUUUCCCCAGGUGCCGUUCCACCUGGUGCUGCAGGACCUGCAGCUGAGCCGCUCUGUGGAGCUGACCACUGACAACAUACUGGAGGGCCGCAUCGUGGUGCCUUUCCCCACACAGGCUGCAGAGCGGACUUCCCAGGCAAACACGAGCUCAGAGGACCAGCCGGGGCCCAGCGGGGCGGCCGAGCCAGCGGCCCCUGAGCCAGACAACAUGGAGAUCCGCGGCAGCCGCUUCUCCAAGUCUGCAGACGAGAGGCAGUUGAUGCUGAAGCAGAGGAAGGAGGAGUUGUUGCAGCAAGCACGCAGGAGGUUUCAGAAGAAGGGUCCCGAGGUGCAGGACGAGGAGCUCCCCCGUCUGGAGGACCUCGUCGCCAGCGUGGUGUCCGACCCGCUCGCCUUGCGUCGCAGGACCAUGGCGGCGGCGGCGGCUGAGAGACGCAUGCAGACCCACCAGGACCCCGCGCCGUGAGGACCCCCCCCCCCCCGGCCCACGCACAUACCCACAACCCAUCGGCACCACGCAUCAACACCAUCCGUCGACCACACCACCCGUGCAUGGAACAGCCAUGCCAAUUAGUGGCGCAAGCAUGGCCUUUGGAUGCUAAUUAAGCUGUAGCAGGUUCCCCCCCCCCCCCGUCCCCCCCCCCGUCCUGAGAAGCGGCUUGGUGAACGCCGCUCAGUUUCAGAUCUGUGUUUUCUUCUUUGAGGAAGUACUUCUUAACACAGCGAAACCACAAGUUAAAAAGACCCUCAAAAUACAGCGGGGCUAGGUUAGAGGAAGUAUGGAACUUGAUCUCAAUUUGAUUCACGUGUUUAAUUUUUUUCUGUUUUUCCAUCUAAAAACAUAUAUUUUUAAUGAUACUGAUUGGGCAGGGGGAGGGGGGGGGAAUGUAUAUUCAAGAUUGACAAACUAAUAUAUUUUUGUUGCGUUUUACUUUGAGAGGAUUUUUGAACUGUGAAACUGGACCAGGGUGGACGGCGGUAUCGCACGCUCCUCAUUGAUUGGUCGUCAGAGAGAGGCAGACCACGUCACUUUAGUAUUCAGCUAUCAAACAUGAAUGUAUAUCAAGCGGAUGCUGCAGAACUCAGUUUGUAACCCCAGUUUAUACUGGGUUUGUUUGUGGACAUCCUUACAUUUUUAAGGCAAAGCCCUCUUUUCAUCUGCAAUGACCUCUUCAGACAAAGUGAUUCGAGGCUUGUGAUGCCUAGUAUUCCCACAUUGGGGUAUAGUCUACCCCUCUCAACCAUUUUUGUUUGUGUUAUGCGGCACUGUUUUAAAGCAGACGUCAGUAUUUUGUGGGGCAAUGUGUAAAUAUGUGUGUGUGCACAUUGCAUGCCUCAUUUUGUCCACACAUUCAUUCUGUACCUAUAGUUGCUAUGAAUUUCCUAUAGCCUUUAGUCAUGUUAGAUAUUUGUUUUUCUCAGCUGACAAACUGUUGGUAAUUGUGAUCGUUGAUGAUUCUGUGAAAGUAACAACGGGCAUGUUGAGAGAUGGCUUGAGGGGAAUCCUGCAAUCGUACAUGUACAGGUCUGUAUUGGUGCGGAAGGUCAAGUUUCACGUCAACCGUGUACAUAGCCUCCCCCCCCCCACCCCGCACCCGCUCCUGUGCUCAGGUCAUCUCAAUGGUUUAAUUUGCAAGACUUCCAGACAGACAGUCAUGACCAUGCCUAGGUUCUUAGUGUUGUGUCUUUGUGAUAACAAGUACGCAAUCCACCCUUUGUUGAUUUGUGUCAAGCCCGAGAAACGUUUUUGUUUCAAUACACUUAAUCCCAAAGAUAUUCUUCCUUGGAAGGGAACCAUUUCUUUUUUUUGUCAAAAUAUGCAGGAUUGCUAUUCGGAUUGGAUAUAACAAUUGAAGAUAGUUUGGUGAAAACUUAUUUUCUUCAUUUCAUAUGUCUACCACGGUUUCCUUUUCAUUAGUUAAUUGUUACACAUUACAUAUUUAAUUUUGGACUUUGCUUUCUGCUAUUUUGUGCCUAAAAAUCAAGGAAGGGGUUGUGUAUGGAUUACUGCUGUAAAUAAUGUAGUUUUUGUAAAGUGGAAAAGUGUAAAGACUCAAUAAAAACGAGUUCCUCUACAACUUUUUAACAAAACCCA